AUGUUCGGAACGUGCCUCGGGAGUUCCGACUUGUAUUACCUGUGCUCUCCAGAGGCCAACGUCUACGACAUAGAUUUCACACGGUUUAAAAUUCGCGACAUGGAUACGGACACGGUUUUGUUCGAGAUCGCGAAACCUCCGCCACAAGGGUCGAGUUCACGGUGGGCAGGCGGCCGGUGAACAAAUUCCGCAUGAUCGAGCGACACUUCUUCAGAGACAAGCUGCUCAAGACCUUCGACUUCGAGUUCGGAUUCUGCAUCCCCAACUCCAAGAACACCUGCGAGCACAUCUACGAGUUCCCCACGCUGCCCUACGAGCUCGCGGAAGAGAUGAUCCGCAACCCGUUCGACACCCGCAGCGACAGCUUCUACUUCGUCGACGACAAGCUGAUCAUGCAUAACAAGGCGGACUACGCUUACAACGGCGGCCUGCAGCAGUAACGACCACGGCGAAGAGGAGGACGACGGCGACGACGACGACGACGAUGCGGCGACGGCGAUGAGGAGGGCGACUUGCUCUCGGGCACCGUUCGUCGCCGCGGCUACGACUAGAUUGACUGGAAGAGAAGGGAAGAGGAGAGAAGAAGUAGAAGAACAGGCGAAGGAAGUAAUAGAGAGAGAAGAAUGGGUAAAGAAAGAGAGAGUGAAGAACAGGCAAAGAAAGAGAGAGUGAAGAACAGGCAAAG